UUCAACUCUUGCGCAGUGAAUGAUCCAUUUGUGAUGAAGGCCUGGGCAAAGAGAUACCCAGAUCACUCGCGCGUGAAGUUCCUCGCCUAUGAAUCAGCAAGGAUGCUCGGCCUGGAGCUGGAUCGGAGCGAGAAAGCACCUGCAGUGCACUCUCACGGGUAUGCAUUCCUGUUGGAAGAUCUCAAGGUGGAGGUGGCUAACGUUAAGCAGGGCGGGGAUUUCACCGUCUCUGAUGCUGAGGAGAUCCUCGAGUCUCUGUAGUCUGUAAUAAUAAGAUUUCGUUUGGGACAGUUUUUCUCUUACUCUUUAAAACAACUUUAUAGUACAAAAAUUUUUUGAAUUUGAAUUUUUUGUAUUAAAAAGCC